CCUCAACCACUUUGGCGCGUGCAAUCCCUCCUCGCCAUUCUUCUGUCCCGCCGCUUUCUUCUCAUGACUCGCCCUUGACGGACUCUCCCCUUCUCCGUGUGAUCCCUGGUCCUCCCUUUCGUCUCCCUCCGUCCUUCGAACCAAUUCCCCCCACGAGCGGACAAUCCAGCCCGGCUCCAACUUCCCCGCGGUCCCUCCCCACCGUUCAUUAAUUUCUCCUCUCUGGGCUCCGAUCUCCAUACAACCCCCCUGUCUCUCCACAAUGCAAGCCGUUCCAGAAUCCCGACAGCAAACUUUCGAGGAGAUCUACGGACCUCCCGAAAACUUCCUCGAAAUUGAAGUCCGCAAUCCCCAAACGCACGGCACGUCGCGAAACAUGUACACCUCGUAUGAAAUCAUCUGCCGCACCAACAUCCCCGCCUUCAAGCUCAAACACUCCAUCGUGCGCCGCCGAUACUCCGACUUCGAAUACUUCCGCGACAUCCUGGAGCGCGAGAGCACGCGCGUCACCAUCCCCCCGCUCCCCGGGAAGGUCUUCACCAACCGCUUCAGCGACGACGUCAUCGAGCACCGCCGGAAAGGUCUGCAGCGCUUCCUGGAGGUCGUGGCCGGACACCCGCUGCUGCAGACGGGGAGUAAGGUGCUGGCUAGCUUUAUCCAGGAUCCGAACUGGGACCGGAACGCAUGGUAGAUUUCUUCUAUACCAGGUGCAAGUACGCUCGAGGGGUCCUCAAUUCGGUAACCGCAGUUCGAUAUCAACCGGGUCGUGAAACGCCGUAUCCAUCCUGUCCCACUCUGCUCCGCGCACAACGG